GCUAGUACGUGAAACGUUAGGCAAAACAGUACGUUGUAAUUGUAUUCGAUUUAAAAUUGUUGAAUAAUUUUUGUGCGACUGUUACGAUUUUUAAGAUCGUGUGAAAGAAUUCAACAAUCAGUAGCAAAGGAAAAAAGCGAGAAGGAGCCGUGUCGACGCUAUUGAUCGUUAUUAGGCUUUUAUUAGACGGAAGUAUUGUCGAUAGCUCCCCGCAGAAGGGUACAUCUUCACGGGGGGUCGUGUUAACUUAAGUGAAAAUAACACCAUGAGGUCUGACAGGGGCUGACCACCUCCUUUGCUUUAAUUCUCCACGACCAUCGGUCAGCGAGUCUGAUCCCGUUGCUCGGUGCUGCAGGGUGUUUUCACAUUUUCUUCAGUUUCGUUCCACGAUUAUGGACAUUUGUGAAUGAAAAUUACACAAUUUACAUAAAAAUAAAUGAAACGCGUGUGACUGUUCUGGAUUUUGUACAACACAUGAUUAAAUAUUUUUGAGAUAAUAUUUUUAUACAAUACACAGUGAAUGAAAAUUUAUUGAUGAAAUUCUGUGAGAGUUGGCAUAUUCAAUGCCGAAACUUGUUCGAAAAUUAUCAAGCAAUCGCUGCCGGAAUGCAGAACAAGGUCUACAAAUUCUAAGUUCCGAGGUUUGAUAACGGGCUGAUCGAAGGAAGUCAAAUGGCAGACCGGACGUUGGUACAUUGUAUGGAUAAUAGCAUCCUGCAGAUAACAACGAGUUCCGUAAUGCGUAAAUAUCGUACAGAAUAUGGACCAAUGACUCUCGCUAGAUCUUUUUUUAUUGACAUUUGACAAAGUAUGGUGAAGACUUUAUAAAGUGCACUUUUAAAGCGUUUUAUAUUCGAUAAUCAACAAUUACAUAUAUACAACUUUUGAUUACUCACGUAAUAAGGAAUUAAAUAAAAUUAAAAUGGAGGCUCGUGAAAAAUCAACCGAAUGGGCCCUGCUAUUCCCAUUGAAAGCAGGCCUCUUCGCCAUGAAGUCUUCCUUGUCGUCGAAAAGUGUGAACCGCGAAAAAGAGCGAAUAGCCAGGAAGAAUCAGUUAUUAAAACCACGAAUUCGUCGUGGAUCCUCUUUAUCGGACCUUGACAAACUUCAGAACAAGCAAAUGUUACCGGACGUGGUUAGAUCCACAGAAAAGUGUUCAGAAUCGCUGCCACACUCACCCGCGUUAUCGAGAACAAACCUACAAUUGGGAAAUCUGUACGUGAGGGGUAGCAUAGGCGAUUUGAUGAACAUGAAGAAGUACGGUGGUUCCACGUGGAGCGUCAGAAGCGAAAGCUUGAUCACGAAAGCAGUCCCACUGAGCACGGUUACACCGAGACACAGUCCACCGAUCGAAAAAAGCAUCGAGGAUCUCGAGGAUCCCGAGGACGAGAUCCAGGAGGAUUUCUGUAUUCCGGGAAAACCGUUGACAUGUGUCCAAAGAACGAAGCGGCUCAGCAAACUCAUCAAGAAACACAGACGUGUGAUGGUCUUUAGCCCAACGUCCCUCAAGCGAGAUAUCGUAAGUUUGAAACGAACGCACUAAAACAUAGCAAAAUAUUAAAGUUUCUAAAGAAGUACUUAGGUGUGAAUGUUUUGGAAAUGUCAAUACAUAGAAUAGACCAGAGCUGGGGAACCUUUUUACCAUUAGAGGCAACAUUUA